AUGGAGAUCGGCGUCUUGUUGGUGGUCGUGGGGAUGGAUGGGGGACACCUCAAGGGAGAGUGGAACGGGAUGAUGCUGACCCUGACGUGCAAGGACGCCAACAACGAGAUGAUCCACGUGGCGACGGUGAUCGGACCCAAGGAGGACACCUCCCUCUACAAGACAUUGCUGCGCAACUGCAAGAAGAACCCGAAGAUGAGGGACCUGCUGGAAGACUCGAAGACAACCUUCUUCACGGACCAGCACAAGGGGGCGACCUGUGCGCUGCGGGGAGAGGCCCCGCUGGCGCAGCACCGGUACUGCUUGAGGCACCUCAUCCUGAACUCAGAGGAGAAGAUUGGCAGCAUGUGA